AUGAAGAACAACAUCUUAUCUUCAACUGGCAUUCCCACGAAAUCAGGUGGAGGUGCUAAUUAAUUUAGAAACCCUAUGAGUGAGAAUUAGAGACACUCAGGAGCACAGAGUUUUCAUGCUCCACCACAUAUUAAGGAUCACAGCACUAGCCUCGAUGAUGACCUUGAUAUGGGUGACACAGAUGAAUGUGUGUUCCCAAAUCUUAAUAAUGCUCCUGGAAGCACUUCGAAUAACAUGACCAGUGGAAUCAGUAGCAAUCUCAACAGUGGAAGCAAAUCUCAAGUCUAAUAGCACUAUAGAUCAUCAACCCCUCAUUAGUAUUUGCCUCCUACUGGCCAAAAUAAUGGAUCAAUUAGAAAUAAGGACUAAACUAUGCCACCAAGUGAUAACAAGCAAAAUAAUCAGAUAUUUAAUAAGUAUUAAGAAUAACCUGCCCCUUAUCAAAUGCAAUACUUAAGCAAUCAAAGUAGACCUCAAGCCAAGAGUUCAGCGAAGAGUUCAAUACUGCUGCCAUCAGGCUAAAUGAAUCAUAACAUUUAUGAGGAGAGAUAAUUAGAUCACCUUUAGUAUGAAGAUGUUAACUAUGAAGAAGUAGAAGAUUAAGAUUAUUAUCAAUAGCAGCAGCAUGACAACAUGAUUCCAAAUUCCAACGAGCAAACUCAUAAGAAAAAGCCUUAAUAACAACAAAAGAGCAGCUAGCAGCAGACUGCUAUGAAACCUUCAAAAUCGCAUUAGAAUCUGAAUGUUGCAGCGUUGCCUAAUAGCUAUCAAUACUAGACUGCACCUACACAGCAAAGUGAUGACCCUGAAAAUGAGCAGGACUUCAACAAAGCCUAUCUCAAGCUUGUUAAGAAGGUGUAUGAUGAGUAAGGCAAUAACAUACUGAUUACCAAUGAGGAAUUGGAGAAAGCAUAGUAUACAUAAUAGUUCCUAUCUGUUGAAAAUUUCAAUAAACGUAACCAGCAAUGCUUGGAGAAUAAAUAGUAGAAAAAUAGAUUACUAGCAGAAAUGAAACAGCAAGCUGAGAUGCAGGAAUGCACUUUCAAGCCAUAAACGUAUAGUCAAAAAUAAAAGCGUAACUUUGAUCAGUUUCUCAAAGAUCAAGCAUAAUUUGAGGAAUAGAAAAAGAAAAAGAUUUAAGAAAGAUAUGAGAUCAAUAUGCAUAUAUAAGAAUAAGAGUUAAAACUUCAACCUCAAGUCAACAAGAAAUCUGCACGCAUGAUUGAAAUGAAGAAAAAAGUCAAUAAGGAUGAAAUGACUAGAACUCUAGACAGCAAUCAACCAGUGUAGACUAAUAACAGCAAUGGCAUUGAAAAUCUGUAAAAGCCAGUUUAUGAACGGCUUCAUCAGCUGAACUAAGAAAAAAUCUAAAAAUAGAUGCAGAGAGUUAUGGAGCAAACAGCUAACACAAGAAAUAUGUCCAAGACUCAUUUGAAAAAGAAUAAGUCAGAAGCUAACUUCUAAAAUAUGACUAGAAGCAACGAAAUGCUAUAUUAAGAUGCCAAGCGUAGACAAGACAAGCAGCUAAAAUAGAAGAAAGAUCUGAUGAAGUUGCAAGAAGAGCAGAUAAACAGUACGAGACCCCCUACAGGUGUAAAUAACUCUAAGUUCGCAGCAUAGAAGUUUGAAAAAGAGUUUUACUUUAUGACUCACUAGGUCUUAAAUGAACUUGGGCAUAAAAAUGGAGAGGAGGAGAGUCAAGAUUUCAAUCUCAGAGACUAUGAUGAAAAGAGGAUAAACUAUGUCAAGCUUGGCUAGCUAGUUACUGAGUUAGGAUAUAUCCCAGCAAACAUAGCACCUGAUUCUGUAGAAAGAGAGCUGCUCUUUGACAUGUGGAACCUGCUCUAAGGCGAGGAAAACAAUGGCAUUUUCAUUAUAAAUCUUAAGAAGUUCUUGUUAUCUAUUUAAGGCAUCUGUCUUGAUAGCAUUGAGCAAAACAGUUCAAAUUACCUGAACAGUAAAUUGGAUAAAAAUAACAGUGGUGCUAAUCUGUAGCUUAGCAACUUUGAUUAAUAUGGGAUAAUAAGAAUUUCUCCAUAGGAAAGCAGAUAAAUCUUCAUCAGAUUCAAGCCACUUUAUGUGAACAGAGUUUAUUAUCAAGGCUAGUUUAAAAGGAUUAAGUAUGUGGAUAAUUCAUGCACAUUCCGUCCACAAAUCUCAAAGGUAACUGAGCAAUUAGCCUAGUAAAAGCGCAUGCGUUUACUUUCAGAGAACAGAUACACAGAUGGCGAAGAAGGGGGAGAAGAUUAAUAAAAUACUCAACAGUAGAUUGAUCCAAACAGAGUUGAUCUGGUAUAAAUUCUACUUCAUCCAGUUAACUUUGAUCAACAGCAGUGGAGAUAGCAAGCCAAGCAAAUACUUGAAGCAAAAGAAAUGGAAGAGUGUACAUUCAAGCCUAAGAUAACUCAUUACGAUGGAAAUACUGUUAAGUCAAGAGGUGGCUUGAUCACUACAGAUAAGUGUAUGGAGCUCUACAUGAAAGCAAAAAAUAUGAGAGAAAAAAGAGACAAAACCAGAGAUGAUUUUGAAUACGAAAAAGGCGUUGAGGAAUGCACAUUCUAACCAAAUAUAGAUGAAUCUCAGAAGACACUGGAUUAAUUGUACUUUUCAAGCAAUAAAAUAUCAGACUCUAACUUUUUUGGGCCUAACAAUGAUGAUCUUACCUUGGAUCCAACAUCAACUAUCAAAGGUUAUCAGAUGGUCAUGAAUAGAAUGAAGAAAGGAAGAGAAGACCGUGAAAAGGUGAAAGCUAUGCAGUAAAGAGGUAUACCAGGUACAGUUAUAGAUGAGUCCUUGCUUCAACCUUUCAAUAUGGCUACAAAUCCAAACUAUAAGGGCGCCUUCUCGACUUAUUCUCACAACCCAGACAAUAUAGUAAAGAAUCAAAACACUGCUAAUAACUAGACUACUCAUUCUUACAGUAGUAAUAAUUAGAAAAUGUAGAAUUCAAAGUCAAAUGAAUCACUUGGGAAACCCAAGUCAGCUGCUUAGAACUUCAACAAAACUCAGAUCUUGAAUUAAGCCAAUACAGUGUCAAGUGCAAAUAUCACAAAAUAAAGUAAUGUCAGCUACACAAGCAGUAACACAAACGGAGUACAAAACUUGGUCAAUCAAUAUAAAUAUGAAGUAACUCACAAUAAGCAAAAUUCAAUAAAUUAACAGGAAAAGGAGAAUAUAAACAAUUCUAAUGGCAGUCUCAGUGGAGGUCCAAUAGCAUCUUAUCAGAAUAAUAGCAAUAGUGCUGGUACAACAGGUAGUGCAGGCAGUAGUGGAAUUUUUGGGGGAGAAAAGCAACUUAAGUAUGAAAAUAGGUCAAAUACAGCUACUGGACAUUAGACUACUAAGCCUGUGCUUCAAACAAAUUAAGCAGUCAUUGCUAAUGGCAGGCAUUCAAGAUUUAGUGACUAGCCUCCUCAAGAUUAGCUCAAUAGUGGUAAGAACUUUCAUAAUUUAAAUCAUAUUGAUAUAGAUCUAUCAUAUGAUGAUGAUAAAAAGUUAUUUAAAGGUAAUGGAUUUUAGAGCAUGCCCUCUGAUACUGAUCCAGAUCAUAGCAUAGUGUCCAAGUUAACAUCAGCUCCUAAAUAGCCCUUGUUAUACGUAGAUGUGAAUCUGGGCCCUGGAAAGUCAGAGCGUAUCGUUGUAUACGACGGAGAUACAGCAGAGAGUCUUGCCGAUAAGUUUGCCUUGAAUCAUGGCUUGGACAUGAACAUGAGAGGAAAACUUGCUGCCUUAUUGGAUAGUCAAAUUGCAGGACUUCUUGAGAAGAUUGAAGAGGAAUAAAACAGUAUGCAUUCAGAUAAUAUAUGA